AUGAGCAAGAACGUACUCAUCGUCGGAGCUACAAGAGGGCUAGGAGCCUCCCUCCGCAAACUCUACGCCGCCAAGGCCUCAACCCAAGUCUUCGCAACAGCCCGAUCUAACAAAGCACCUGACACCAACUCCCAGUCUAAUGUCUCCUGGCUUCAGAACGUCGACCUUACAAAGCCAGAUGUCGGCGAGAAACUAGUCUCGCAACUCCCGUCGUCAACCAAGCUUGCAACAGUGAUAAUCACCGCCGGCUACUUUGGCCUCGAAUCAUUCGAUAGUCCAGAUUGGGAUAAGCAGGUGCAGAUGUAUACUACGUCUGCAAUUGCACCGGUCUUUGUUGUUCAGAAGCUCGUCAAAUCUGGCUUCUUAAAUGAGGGAAGCAAGGUGAUUCUGGUCAGCAGCGAGAGCGGCAGUAUCACGCUUCGUCAUGAGAAAGAGGGUGGAGGCAACUAUGGCCACCAUGCUAGCAAGACAGCGCUCAAUAUGGUGGGGAAGCUGCUGAGUUUGGACCUGAAGCCAAACGGCAUCGCUGUGGGCUUGGUGCAUCCAGGGUUCAUGCGGACGGAGAUGACGAAGGGCGUCGGGUUUGAUAAGUUCUGGGAUGAUGGUGGAGCGGUCACUCCGGACGAGGCCGCCAAGUCACUCGCCUUGUUUGUUGACGAGUUCGAUAUCAGCAAAACGGGCGAAUACUGGGCACCACGGGGGCCUGGGGAUAUCGGAACUGCGGAACCUGUACUAGGCAGUAAUUUGCCUACUCCUUUGCAACUGCCUUGGUAG